CCUGGUGACCCGAUGCCCGCUGUCCGCCAAAUGACCUGAUGCCUGCGGUCAUACCAGUUGACUCGGAGCCCACUGUCGUGCCUGGUGUCUCGGUGCCCGCCGCUCCGCCUGGGGGCCCGAGACCUGUUGCUCCGCCUGGGGGUCCAGCGCCCGCCGCUCCGCCUGGGGAUCCGGCGCCCGCCGCCCCGCCUGGGGGCCUGAGACCUGUCGCUCCUCCGCCUGAGGGCCCGAGACCUGUCGCUCCGCCUGGGGGGUCCGGCACCUGCCACUCCGCUUGAGGGCCCGAGACCUGUCGCUCCUCCUGGGGGUCCG